AUGGGACUUUUGAUCGUGUUACUUCUGAUGCAGAAAUUACUGCCUGUGCCAAGUCUCCAAAGUCGAUCUGUCCCAGAAGACUUCAUCGCGCCCUUGGAGCUCCAGCAGAAACAUUUUGGCUUAGUGGAUGAUUAUGGCCUUAAACCACGCCAUCCCAAGUUCCAGAUACGGAAACGGCGUAAGGAGUCAGAAACAUUGCACAGAACACAUAAAAGCAAGAGGGAUGAACCAAAUUUUGAAGAGUAUUAUUACGAUGACCUCCUUUGA